AUGGCGGGGCAAACCUGCAACCCCAGUGCUGGGGAGGAGGAGCCAGCGGUCUCCACAGGAGUUAAAGUUCCUCCUAAUUUUCGCUUGUUGGAAGAACUUGAAGAACAACAAAAAGAAGCAGGUGAUGGUACAGCUAGCUGGGGCUUUGAAGGUGAUGAAGACGUGACACUUACGAGGACAGGCAUGAUUAGUGGGCCACCAAGGACAAAUUACACACACACACCAGUGUUAGCAAAAUGGCAAAAUUCAUGGAGCAUUAAUGUUGUACUUCCAAAGCUAAGACGUCUAAUGAUGUCCAAAGAAAAUAUGAAGCUUCCACAACCACCAGAAGGACAAACAUACAACAAUUACUUUUAG